AUGACGGCGCCGUCGCCCGACACAGUCAGCAGCCCCAACGGCUACCCGCUCGCUGGCACCGUGAGCAAGGCCCUUCUCAUCGUCGCACCCGCCUUCGCCCGGGAGCGCGAAUUUGUGCAGUACCUCAAGUACAAGCUGUACGACGCUGGCUUCAUCGUCGUGCGGGAGGAGUUUCGCCUGCUCAACUACGAAGUGACCUCGAAGUUGUGUAUCUGCAUGGACGCACCGUCGCCACUGCAGCAGCAGCAGCAGCAGCCCUCCUCCACCGAGGCCGACGGCGCGGAAGGCGAAACACAAAAGCCCGCACCCGUCCUCCCCGCCUCGCUGCUCUCCGCGCCGGAGGACCUCGUGGGCACGGCGUACCUCUUCGUUCUCGCCCGCACGAACUGCCACGCGCUGCUUCAGUCCUUUGUGACAACGCAGCUGUGCGGCGAGGACGCGGAGGUGCUGGAGACGUUCCUCGAGGAGCACCACACGCAGCGUCGCGAGCUGCCGUUUUGGAUCUCGCAGACGGCGGCAGGGGCGACGCGGUCGGUGGCGCUGCUCUUCCCCCGCAUGUUAGCCGAGGACGUGCCAUCGUCCGCCGUCUCGCGCGAGUACGUGCAGGCGAACCUGAAGCAGGCGCUGGUGCCGGCGCUGACGGAGUUGGCGCGGCAGAAGCCCGAGGACCCGCUGCGGUGGCUGGCGAUGCAGCUGUUGACGAGCAACGCGCAGUCGCCGCCGAUGAUCUCGACUUUCUUGUGA